AUGGAAACACCCGGUUGUUCCAGAUCGGCUACUGUUAUUGAGAUGUGGUUGACGGAACCCUACCAGGCCAAAAAUAUUAUUCUAUUGUGCGCCGGAAAUCACUCCCUCUUCAUGCGACGACGACAACCAGACAGUGUCGAAGUGCAGCAGAUGAGAGCACAGGCUCGCGAGGAACGUGCCAGGAGGGAGACGGAUCGGAUUCGCCUCGAACGGGCUCGCUCGGAGAAGGCUGCAGCCUUGAAGAUGAGUGCUGCGCUGGAGAACCGUUGCGCACAGCUAGAAUCCGCCCUCCGGUCCAGAGCA